GGGUGGCGUUUGGUUGGUAUGGUAUGGGUGGUAUUUGAUGAUGAUAACCUAAUAUUCGUUUUGCUAUGUCAUUGAAGUUACAGAUCCAAGUUAAUAUUACUAUUGUAAAUUUUGAAAUUAAUUUAUAGUUUGAGUUUUUUUAACGCCAGUUAAAUGGAGCUGCAAUGUAGUAAAAGAGGCAUGGCCUGAUACAUUUGUGGAUCAACCAAGAACCAAUAAACUCUAGAUGAUGUUGAGUCCUAAAGGGAGUAAAAAGUAUGAAGAAUAUGAUACGUCGGAGAAAAAAGAAGGCAAAGAAGAAGCAAUGUGGUUUGGAAACCUGUAACCUUAGUCAAGUUUCUCAAUCCAGGUCAUCAUCUUUAAAUAUGUCUGAUAGCAUGUCAGCUGAAAUGAUGUGUCAGCUAUAUGAGGGCCAGUUGUACAAGUACACUAAUGUUAUGAAGGGAUGGCAAUUCAGAUGGUUUAUCUUAGACCCUAAAACUGGCAUCCUAAACUAUUACCUGAGUGAGGGAGAGAGCCGGCAAGCCCCAAGAGGAUGGAUUCAUCUGGAAUCUGCCGUGAUCUCUCCUAGUGAUGAAGACUCCAACACUUUCACUGUCAACUCGUCUACAGGGGAGCAGUUCAAGCUGCGUGCGCAGGACGCUCGUGCGAGACAGGAGUGGGUCAAUCGUCUACGUGCAGUAGCACAACUUCAUGCUGCAGCUGUAGCUCAUAAUAAUCCGCCGAUCCAGCCUCGAGAGCAUGUGACUCCUGGCAACGGCGGCAGUUCCGUCUGGGACGCAUUCUCGGCAGUCAAAGACCAUCUAUUCCGGGCGGAACAGAGCAACUUCUUGUUAGCACGUGCCAUUGAUGACCUUCCCAACUGUGGUGAUGUACGUCAUGUGGACCAAGACCUGUUGUUGCUGAAGGCAGCCUCCCAUGCCAUGCUGCUCAGUCUCAGCCAAUGUCUUUAUAUACUUCAACACCAACAGUCCACCAGUGAAGGGAUCAGCAACUUUAAAAACUCAAAGGGUAACUCUGACCACGCCAACUGCUCCUCCUCCCAUUCCAAGAAGAAAUUCGUCCUCUAACCUUAGACUUUCACUGUACGCAUCUCACUUUCCAGUUUCCCAGAUUGGGCGUUUUAUUUUGUUACUUAACAAUGUUAUAAAUAUGUUUAUAUUUUUGUACUCUUUGUAUAGUUAUUGUUGUUAAAUCAAUUGCAUCUCUAAUUCAUGUUCUGUAGUUUUGAAAAUCACUCCAAUGAAUGUGUCUAGUACAACGAUCUAUAGUGAACACUGGACCGAGCUCUCAGAGUUAACCUCUCAAUAAUUUAAUUCACAUCUACCAUUUGUAAAUGUCUUUGCUUUGCCAAGUUUUCUAUACAAAAACACGCCUUGCAACACAUUUUUUUUUCUUGUUUAUUGGUAAAAUAUGUUGUUAAUUUUUUUAUCAAACUUCCCCAAUAGGGAGGAAACUAUCACUGUUGGUGGAAUGAUAAUUUUUUAGUUUCAUUACCCCAGA